AUGGCGUUGCCGUGCGCUGCGCUCAACGGCCUGAACUGGAGGGCCCUUUCGGCCGAGCGUGUAGGCCAGCAGGUGGACUUGGAUGCGGGCCUCGACAGCGUGGUCAUGAUGCAGACGGUCGCGACCCCGCUCAAGGAGCAGGAGGGCUUCGCGCACUUCGCCUUCGACGACGACGUCGACGACAAGGUGGACUUGGAUGCGGGCCUCGACAGCGUGGUCAUGAUGCAGACGGUCGCGACCCCGCUCAAGGAGCAGGAGGGCUUCGCGCACUUCGCCUUCGACGACGACGUCGACGACAAGGGCUCUCCCCCUCGGCGGGGAGAGAGAGGGCGCGGGCUCGGGCCAGAGGGUGUGCUCCGCGCGGCCGUGGUGCGUGCGCCCCGCUCCGCCCUCGCGGCGCCUUCGCUGCGGGACGGGGUCGAGGCCGAGACGCCGUCCUCGACCUCGCCGCCAGAGAUCGCAGCUCGCGGGCUCGAGCAGGAGAUCGCCUGCAGGGCUGAGGUUGUACCAGAGUGCUUUUGGUCCGACGAGCCUGCGAGGACCGAUGCGCCGAGCGCUUCGCGGAUCUGCGAAGCUCGGCCCGCUUGCUUCGCAGACUCGACCCUUCGUAGGUCCUUCGGCCGCCUGCCUCCGCUGGAGCUGCCCGUGGUGGUCGGCGGCGAGGGCGGAGGCCGCCUGGGCCUCCGCAGGGGAAGUCCCGGGGAGACGCCGUGGGCCGGGGACGCCGCCGGCGGCCCCCGGCAGGCCCACCGUGCGGCGGCGGAGGCCAGCGACAGCUGGGAGGCGCAGGGCGGCGAGCUCCACCUGCAGCUCUCCGGCGUCCCCGCGGAGGGGUCCGCAGCCGCCGGCCCCAGCGGCGCCGAGGGGCCGCUGGCCCAAGGCCCCGCGCCGGCUCCGCAACCCACCAACGCGGAGACGCCAGAGGGCGAAGCGGUCUGCGACCCGCUCUGCGGGGAAAACGGGGUCUGCGUGGACGGCGCUUGCUUCUGUAAGCACCCCUUCUACGGCGUCUCCUGCGGGCGCUUCUCCUUCACCGGCGUGCGCGUCCACGGCUUCUCCAUACUGCUCAGCUGCGCCGCCGCGUCCAUCGUCGGAGUGGCCCUGGGGUAUACCGAGAGUGCUGGCGCCUUCGAUCCGACGUCGUCCAGCAAGUCGAAUGCGUUGCAUGCUAUGUCCGCCAAGGUGGCCGUGGUCGGCAAGCUCAGCUCCCAGAGUGAGUCGCAAUGCGUGGCCACGAGGCCGAAGCAGAUGGACGUGGCGCUGGGUCAGAGCGGAACCACAGCGGAUGAGAAGGACGGGACGAGCCCGGAGAGGGACCCGCCCAGGAAGGGCCGGGAGACCUGGAUCCCGGAGGACCCGGACGAGUAG